AUGUCCCUCUUAAACGUCAUCCGCGGCGAGGCAGAUCCUAUGCAGGUUCAUAAGAGCCUGCAGCGCAUCCGCGAGCGGCAGCUGCUGCAGUUCAUCCGCUGGGCCCCCGCCUCUCCCCAGGUUGUGUUGGCCCGGGCUUCUCCAUUCAACCCGCAGAAGCACAAGUGCGCGGGCUUGAUGCUAGCGAACCACACGGCUAUUACAAGUGUCUCCACUUCUCUCCGCCGCGGUCUGUACAUGUCCCUCUUAAACGUUAUCCGCGGCGAGGCAGAUCCUAUGCAGUACGACCGCCUCUUCAAGCGCAAGGCCUUCCUUGACAACUACAAGUAA